GAUAGGCCUCUACGGAAAUGCCAGAAGCCAAAGCUCGCUCCCUCCGGAACCGUCGUCACAUCACCAUUGCAUGUUGGCCAUGCCGGGAUGACAAGAUCAAGUGCGACGGCGCGACUCCAGUAUGUCGGCAAUGUAACGCGAAAAAUCGAAAUUGCUUGUACGCUGAAGUUGAUAGGCGAAACAGAUUAUCCCUCCGCAAAGCCGUCGAGGCCUAUUCCCAACGUGUCAAGCAGCUCGAGUCGUUCAUUCGUGCACACGACCUCGUUCUCCCUCCUACAGAUCCAGAACAUGAGGCAUUGUUAAACCAACUUUCGACUCUAUAUGCGCCCAAUGAAUCCCCGAAUACCAAUUCUAGCCAAGAAACCUCUCCCGAAAAUGCCUUCAACAAACAUCCACGGCUCGUUCCAGACCUCGUGAAUACCCCCGCUGCCGACCCGUCAGACAGCCCUCAAGCUCUAAGGCUUGAUCCUCUCGACAUUUCUUCUCCAUCUCUACAGGCCAUUUUACAAGCACCCGCGGACGAUGUCGAAGCCCCUUCCAUGAACAUACCCAUGCAGCCGAAUCAUUCCACAACAGCGCUGCCAUUCAACCAUUGUUUUGACGUUGAUUGGGUCUGGGAUCAUUCAAUGAUGGCACAUAUGGAUAGCGACAUUGGAAUUGGCGGGCUCGGGACAUGGACACCAAACUCUGAUGGUCAAUUACCGCAAGAAAAUGCUCUUUGCAGCUCUUCAGACCCCUCUCCUCCGACAUUACCUGAUGACGAUGAUUCCACGGAUGACGAAGACCAUCUGGCUGUCACAAAUCAACUUUCGGCCCGCCUAGGAUCAUUGUUGACAACUGACAAUGGAGAGAAGCACUUUUAUGGCGCCACUUCGAAUUUCAACUUGGCACGUGGCGGGAUUGUAUCGGCACUUUAUGCAAAACGUAACGAAAAGGAGCGUCAGGCUCAAGCCCGCUUAGAGGCUGUUGGUCUCGAUCAAUCCAUAAGCAGCAAACUCGAGGACCAUCUUCUACAUCUCUUCUUCACGUGGCACAAUCCAAGUUUGUAUAUUGUUGACCAAAAUACUUUCAACAAAGCCCGCAAACAGUUUGAACAAGGAGACGUUAAAACUUCAUUUUAUUCUCCAUUCCUCUUGAACACUAUGUGUGCCGUUGGCGCAUUAUUUGUAACGCGAAAAUAUCCUGGUCUACCUAGUCCGUUGGGGGAGUUCUUUGCAAGCCGAGCCACAACCCUACUUGACAUUGAGUUGGAGCAUCCGCAGAUCGCCACAGUCCAAGCGCUUGCAAUACUAAGCAGUCACGAGGCUGCCUGUACUCGGGACACGCAAGGUUGGCUUUUAAGCGGUAUGGCUAUUCGUCUUGCCAUCGACUUCGGUCUACAUAUCAGUGCAAAGCCUUACGUUGAGGCCGGGACAAUGUCAACAGAAGAAGCAAGGGGUCGAAGUGUAGCAUUUUGGGGUGCAUUUGCUACAGAUCGUAUGUGGAGCCUCUACCUCGGAAGACCGUUCCACAAUAUCUCGCAAGCUGUGACUAUGGAAAGGCCCAUUUCAUUCUUGCAGCAGCAGGGUAAUCACUGGACAGAAGGGACAUCGCAAGAGAACCGUGGCCCGGAAGACGAGCUGCUAAAUUACCAGGAGGUUACUGUUGGGCAGUGGGUUCAGUUAUCCAGAAUCAUGUCUCCUCUAGAAGGUUCUUUGUACUUCCAAGCCGACGCAUCAAAGACGGAGUUACAAAGCCUAGCAGAAAAAACAUGGGGGCAGAUGCUCUCUUGGCGAGCUAACCUACCAAAAGAGCUCAAUCUAGAUCUUGAGAGCCCGAUGCCUGCCAAAUGUGUUCCCCACAUCCUCGUAUUACACAUGCUAUAUGAGUACCUGGUCAUUCUCCUGCACCGUCCUUUCGUUGCUAAACAUUACAUCCAACCGUAUCCACAGGUUGGUCAAGGACACCAACAUGCGCGCGAAAUGUGCGUCAGGUCAGCAUCUCGCAUAUCCGUCCUCUUGUCCUGGUACGAAAAGUGGUACUCCUUCAGUCAAAUCAACAUCCAGGUCGUACAAAUUACAUUCAGCGCCGCACUCAUACUCGUUUAUGCUACUGUGUCUGAGACCAAUGCUCAGAACCAUCGACAAUUGACUGGCCACCUGGAGAUGUGCUGUCGAGCGCUGGCAGAGCUGGGCAAUAUAUUUAAUAAUGCAACUCGUACACUGGACGUCCUCCUCCAUGUCAAGAGGACAUGGCAAGCACGCCUCGUUGCAGCAUCAGCCGGAUCUAAACGCCGUGGCUUUGCUGUCACGACUGAGUCACAGUCAAAGCGACGCAGCAAGUCGGACGAUGAAAAUCGC